UAUUCUAAUCAGUGAACCACAACAUCGGAAAUCACUUUAAACACCUAUUUUGAGCAAUUGAAGUUUUAUCAACCGCCUUCCAGUGAGAUUGAACGUUCUCGGAUUCUUCCAGGUGUCCCAGCUAGUAUAGAAAUGAAAAAUGUCCACUUCUAUGCCAUUCUGGUACUGCUAGGAUCAAUCGCAGUGUCCGACUUAAGCGGCCUGGUCAUCAUCAAUGAAACUGCACAGUUUGAAACCGAGAAGACCAUCCAACUUAGUGCACGCAACGAGUUUGUCCUGACUUAUCCACCAUCAAGUGCGUCCAACCCCUACACAGUGAGAGCCUGGUCAUCAGAUGCCACCAGAGAUCUACCAAUACUGUUGGUUGCGCGACAAGCCCGGCAGGUUUCUUCUUGGACAGUUCCUCAGGUCAUCGAAACUAGUCAUAGUAACAAAUCGAUGCUCUUCUACAACACUUCGAAGACUCUCUGCCAUGAUGACAUGCAAUCCAUCAUAAACUAUGAAGAAUCCAGCUUUUCUGUGGGUCCUCUAGUUCUCACCCAGACCUUUAUUGUGGCCAUCUCCACAUCGUCGCCCACCAACGUCUCAGUCACGAUAAUACUGGAGGAGGAGCGGGACUUUUUCAUGAAACGAGACAUCGACUAUACUGUUAUGGUUUCUCCAUCGCAGUCGAGAUAUAAAUAUUUUGCCUUUGAUGAGAAUUGCACGGAUACGGUUGUGAUCGAGGUGGAUUCUACCGACGAUGUCUGUCUUACCAUUUCGGUGCAGGACAGUGCGUGCCCCGUUAUGGACACGAAUAAGGACAUUAAAUAUGAAGGCACCUAUCAAACGGUUAAUAAGAAAGGGGCCAUUACAAUUGCGAAAAGGAGAUACCCGGCAGGGUUUUUCUUGGUAGUGGUGGCAAAACCCGACGACUACGAAUGCAGCCAGGAAAGUUCCAUUAUUCCGAUGAUUCGGUCCGCCUCAGUAAUGGAAAACACCAUCAUAUCGACCGUUACAUUUAAUAUAAGGGAAAGCAUCAGUACUCAUGACUAUAUUUUAGCCAGCAUGGGUACUUUGACGGUAGUUGCGGCCUUUGGGCUCCUGUUUACGGGAAUUGUGUUCGUUUUCAACCGAUUCGGAACAAUCUCACGCCUGAAGCCUGAAAGUAAGUUAAUUGGGCCGAAGAAGAAGAUCGAAGAUCACAGAAGUUUCCCCUGGAAGUGGGUUUUUGAUGGAAACCUCUCCAAAAAUUUCGCUUGCAACCCCUGGGGGAACUUAAGACGUUUCUGGUCAAUCGGUGAAAUGCGCUUAUUGCCGAGCAAAACUGAAAAUUUCGAGUUUUUCAACAGUUUUAAGACUAUUUACUUUGAGAUGAGCGCUUUCGGUCUUUAUUCCUUAAUUUUUAAAUCCCGAUUUUGUUAUUUCAAAGUGUUGACUAAAAAUAUUUCUUACGCGUAAGCCAACGAUAAAUCAUUAAAAACCUCAUGACUUAGUAAGAAAAAUCUGGGGCAACUACGAAUCUUUGUAUCUAUCAGUUUAUACAAUGGAAAACCAAUAGAAAGUUGGCCAUGACUCCUUUGACGUUUCGCUCGCACGCAUGGUUGGCAUCUUCAGAGGUGUGAUCACUUCGGCUGCUCAAGGUGAGGCGGAAAAUUAAACAAUCAGGAAAGGACGGAUUACAUUCGCCGCCGAGGCGAACAAACCCCUGAAGAGACCAACCAAUUGAAUAUUGGGUCUGUAGAAUUGAUUAGAAAAAGACUUUUUAAAGAUUAUUUAUAAUAAUUUGAAAGAAGUUUCAGGAGAAACUUUUUUCGCGGCCUCUGAAAAGAAAUGAAGAUUCGUAUGUUGAAAAUUUUCGGCAUUUUUACAAAUUUUGAAAAUAUUCUGGUAAGUUUUGAUGUUUAAGUACGUUCACUAGGUAUAUGAGAAAAAUACUCAAAGGCUUUGAAAAUGCGUAUUUAAGUAUAAGUAAUUAUAUAUGCAAAAUCAUCGUUUUUUCCACAAAGUCUUUAUUUUAUUUUUACCAAUUUAU